AUGGAGGGCCAGACCUCUUCCAAUCCCGCCCCCGCUGGGAACUCCAGCGACUUUGUACGCAAAUUGUACAAAAUGCUGGAGGACCCGACCUACGCGUCGAUUGUACGCUGGGGUGAUGAAGGAGAUAGCUUCGUGGUCUUGGAGUGCGAGAAAUUCACCAAGACCAUCCUACCGAAGCAUUUCAAGCACAGCAACUUCGCCAGUUUUGUACGCCAACUGAACAAGUACGACUUCCACAAGGUUCGCCAAAACAAUGAGGAAAACGGCCAGUCGCCAUACGGGCAAAAUGCGUGGGAAUUCAAGCACCCAGAAUUCCGGGCGAACAGCAAAGAGUCCCUCGAUAACAUCCGCCGAAAAGCACCAGCCCCGCGAAAGCAAACUCAGAGCAACGAUGACUCGGUGCCCACCCAACAGAUCGACCUCCUCAACCAGCAGAUUGUCGCCCAACAGCAGCAGAUCCAGCACCUCUCCGAUCGCUACGCCCAACUCACGGUGGAUCAUCAACUUAUGCUGCAGGAAGUGAUGCGAGUACAAAAAACAGUCCUGAACCACGAAAAUGUCAUCCACCAGGUGAUGGCUCACCUACUCACGGUGGAUCGCCAGCGCCGCGACAGCAAGGCCGUGUCUUUCCAGGCCGGAACAACCAUGAGUCCGUCUCAGGUCGGAGCUGUGGACGACGAGCCAUCCUCACCACUUCAAAAUGCCUCGAAGCUGUUGAGCGACAUGAACGCCGAAAUGCAGCUCAACAUGAGCGGCGUCGACUCAAUGAACGAGGCCCCCAAAGCCGGGGUCGUUUCAACGACCGCAAUGGAUCCGAACUCGCGAAACGGUUCUAUUCGUCCGACAACUACUGCGCCUGCUAACCAAGCACUCGUUUACCCUAAAAUGGCCGGCGACCUGGAGCAAGUGGUCUACCCGGUCGGCGCCACCAACGGCAUCGAUCCCAUGUACAGCGAGCACAUCAACAAUGUUCCCUAUCCGAUGCCGGCUAAGCAGGAGAUUGAUACUUCAGAUGCUCGCCGACAGUUUGCUGAUAAUCGCAAGAAAAGCACAAAUGUUGACCCUGGUUGGGUUCGGAGCCCGCAGAUCCUCCUGGUUGAGGACGAUUCUACAUGCCGCCAGAUUGGUGGCAAAUUCCUAUAUUCUUUCAAUUGUGUCAUUGAUAGCGCGUUCGAUGGUCUGGAAGCUGUCAACAAAAUCCAGGGCGGCUCGAAGUACGAUCUUAUUCUGAUGGAUAUUAUUAUGCCCAACUUGGACGGCGUCUCGGCUUGCCAUCUUAUCCGCCAAUUUGAUCGCACUCCUAUCAUUGCCAUGACCUCCAACAUUCGAAGUGACGACAUCCAGCUCUACUUCCAGCAUGGAAUGGAUGACGUUCUUCCGAAACCCUUCACUCGCAAGAGUCUUCUUGAAAUGCUGGAGAGACACCUGGACCACCUCAAGACGACACCGCGCGGUCCAAUGGAGCAGGUACCACCAUCAGCCGCCGCAGUAACCAUGGCCGCAGCCCAAAACUCGGCCACUCAAUCAAUCAAGGAAGACAGCUCUCCAGGGCAGUCGCCUGCAGGCUCCAUGAGCAACUGGCAAUCCCCCGGCCAAUUUCAAAAUAUGCAAGCCGUCCCACAAAACAUGCCCGCAGUGCAGGGCGCAUACGUCACAGCACCCCAGACUGCAUACACCGUCGACCAAAACGGCAUCCAAUACCCAGCAGCACCAGUCGCCGUCCCUACAGCAGGCGCCCCCUCCCGCCCCCCUCAUCGUCGCCAAAUCUCAGACAUGUCCAGCGCAACAGAAAACCCCAACAUGCCCAAACGCCAGCGCAUGUACCCCCAACCUCAACCCAUGCUUGCCGUGCAAGCAGGUCGCCCUGGCUGA